CCCCCACAAACCCAGGCGGCGGCGGCAGCAGCGGCAAUAACAGAAGCAGCUGCGCUGACAACAACACGUGUUCGCUCGGGCACCAUGGAAUUCGAGGAGCUGGGGAUUCGGGAGGAGUGCGGCGUGUUCGGGUGCAUCGCCUCCGGCAUGUGGCCCACGGAGCUGGACGUGCCCCAUGUGAUCACGUUGGGGCUGGUGGGGCUGCAGCACAGAGGCCAAGAGAGUGCUGGGAUUGUGACAAGUGAUGGCGAGUCAGCUCAUUCAUUCAAACUACACAAGGGGAUGGGUCUGGUUAAUCAUGUGUUCAGCGAAGACAGUUUGAAGAAGCUGUACAUUUCAAAUCUUGGAAUUGGCCACACAAGAUACUCUACCUCCGGAGUCUCUGUCUUGGAUAACUGUCAACCAUUUGUUGUGGAAACUCUGCAUGGGAAGAUUGCUGUAGCCCACAACGGGGAGCUGACAAAUGCUGCACGACUGAGAAGAAAGCUAAUGCGCCAUGGAGUGGGACUGUCUACCAGUUCUGACAGUGAAUUGAUCACUCAGCUGCUGGCCUUCACGCCCCCUUUGGAGAAUGACGACACCCCAGAUUGGGUGGCAAGGAUAAAAAAUCUGAUGAAUGAAACACCCACUUCAUACUCGCUUCUGAUGAUGCAUAAAGAUAUUAUCUAUGCUGUUCGUGAUCCCUAUGGGAACCGUCCACUCUGUAUUGGCCGUCUUGUACCAGUAGGUGAUAUUAGUGGAAAAGGGAAACCGAAUGCUGAAACUGAAGGAUGGGUAGUUUCUUCAGAAUCAUGUAGCUUUUUAUCUAUUGGAGCAGAAUAUUACCGUGAGGUCAUGCCUGGAGAGAUUGUGAAGAUAUCCAGAAAUGAUGUCCAGACGUUGGAUGUUGUGCCAAGACCUGCGGGAGAUCCAUCCGCAUUCUGCAUAUUUGAAUAUGUGUAUUUUGCGAGGCCUGACAGCAUCUUUGAAGGUCAAAUGGUCUAUUCUGUACGGAGGAGAUGCGGCCAACAGCUUGCAAUUGAAGCCCCAGUGGAAGCUGAUUUGGUUAGCACAGUCCCAGAAUCUGCAACACCAGCAGCCCUUGGAUUUGCUCAAAAGUGUGGACUACCAUACAUUGAAGUACUGUGCAAAAACAGAUAUGUAGGAAGAACUUUUAUUCAGCCAAACAUGAGACUAAGGCAGCUUGGAGUGGCCAAAAAAUUUGGAGUCCUGUCAGACAACUUCAGAGGGAAGCGUGUUGUCCUUAUUGAUGAUUCUAUUGUACGAGGCAACACCAUUUCACCCAUAAUUAAACUACUGAGAGAAUCUGGUGCUAAAGAGGUGCACGUUCGUGUAGCUUCGCCUCCAAUAAGAUUUCCUUGUUACAUGGGAAUAAACAUUCCAACAAAAGAAGAACUCAUUGCCAAUAAGCCUGAAUUUCAUGACCUAGCCAACUACAUAGGAGCUGACAGUGUUGUUUAUCUUUCGGUAGAAGGAUUGGUAUCAUCUGUGCAAGAAAGCAUCAAGGCAAAACAAGAUAAUGAAAACAACCUUAAGUCCAACAAGUUUCGGGUGGGGAAAAUUGGCCAUUGCAUAGCCUGCCUUGUUGGAAAAUACCCUGUAGAGCUAGAAUGGUGAAUUUUCAGAAUACAGUUACCACUGAAUUAAAGUUUGGAACUGAGAAGAUGUAUCACACCCAAAGUUGUGCCAUAAAUUGCUACCAAGGGAGUUAUCAAACCACUCAUUUUAGUUAAAUCUUUAUUCGGGAUAGUGAGGACUUUUCAAGAACUUGAAAUAAAAU